CUCGGCCGUCGCGGGCGGAUUCUCACCUCCGCGCGUCGCCGUUCGAAGUCCUCGUCGCGUCCCCGCGUCGCGUCCCCGCGUCGCGCUCUCGACGGCGUCUCGGUCCCGCGCGCGCGGCGCGCCUUUAUCCAUCCACGCGGCACGGAGGCGAUGAUGUCCACGUCGACGCUCCUCCGAUCGCGCGCGGCGUCGCCCGCGGUGGGCGACGCGCGCGCGCGAUGCGCGCCAUCUCGCGCGCGCGUCGCUUCGUUCGCGGCGAGGAACGCGUCGUCGGCGUCGUCGUCGACGACGACGACGCCGGCGCCGGCGCGUCUCGCGUCCUCGACCGCGACCGCGCGCGGCGCGUCGCCGACGGCAGCCUCGUCGCGCGUCCUCGCCCCGAAACUCCUGUCGCCGCGAUCGACGCGCCGCGGCGUCCUCGUCGCGCGAACCGCCGCGUCUAGAGAACCGAACGGCCCGAACGCAUCCGCCGCGGACGCGGUCAACAACGGCCUCGCGUGCUUUCAGCUCAAGGACUACGACGGCGCGGUCGCCAACUUCACCGCGGCGCUGAAGGACUUCGGCGCGCCGAGCGAGGACGAAUCCCGAGCGGCGUUGUACAACCGCGCGUGCGCGUACGUGAAGCAGAAGAAGUACGACGACGCGAAACGAGACCUGACCGCCGCGGUGAACGAGUACAAGCUCAAGUUCAGCGUCGUCUUGAGAGACCCGGACAUGGAGGUGUUCCGAGGGACGCCGCAGUACGAGGAGAUGGCCAACGAAGAGGUGGCCGGGUUUCGCUCCAACCGCGCCUUGUCCAACUUGCGCGCCGAGGCGAAAGAGCCGUUCCGGUUCUUCAAGCUCUACCUCUUCGGCGGGCUCGGCGCGGGCGCGUUCAUCGGAUUGAUCAUCAUCCUCUCGAGGCUCGCCGCCGCGCUGCAGGGCGGCGACGACGCGCCGGAGUUGAACGAGACGCUGAAGAACCUCGCCGUCAACGCCGUCGCCGUGACGACGUUCGGCUUCUUGCUCAGAGGCGAACUCGCGGAGCGCGAGAAGACGCAGGAGAAGGUGGCGCGCGAGGAAGAGAUCGGGCGGCUCCGCGUGACCGUGGACGAGAGAGGCGACGACGUGACCCUGUCCGCGCUGAGAGGGAACUACCGCGUGUUCAUCAUCGCCGGAUCGGACGAGCACGUCGAGGAGACGGUGGCCGGUUUGAACAAGUACAAGGCGCUCCUGAAGGAGAAGGACGUCGUCAUCGCGACGGUGGACAUGCUGACGGGGGGCAAGGGGAAGAAGAAGCGAGCGAAGAAGGCGACGCCCGGGGCGGGGGUGGAGGCGUUGAAGGCUGAGUUCGCCGCCGCGCGCGGCGAAGGCGGCGGCGGCGGCGACGGCGGCGGCGCGGAGGGCGAAGACGCGGAGGAGGAGGAGGCGCCGGAGAUGCAGUUCGGGAAGCGAAGCAAGCGCGCGGAGGUCGCCGCCGCGGCGUCGCGCGUCACGGAGAAGCGCUGGAGGGUCGCCGCCGUGGACGAGGACGUCUGGCGCAGGUGGAUCGUGUCCGAGGUGGAACGAAGCGGGUUCGACGUCACGGUCCGGGACGUGUUCUUCUCCGUGGGGAAAAACGGCGAGCUGUGGAAGUCCGGCGCGGGGACGCCGAACUGGAUGAAAAUAAUCGAGGAUCUCCCGUCCGGGGUUGGCGCGGAGGUGACGGGGAUCUAGGUGCGCGCGUGAGCGCGAGCGAGUGCGCGCACAGUAUUAUGCGUGCGAACGUCACCGCGGCGCGGUAUUUCUGAUUUGAUCUUUGAUCGAUCCUCGUAUC